AUGAGGCGGAAUUGGCUCAAAUGUGUGCGGGACAACAGUUACGGCUUCCUGGGCAUGGCAGCAGCAAACGCCCCAGCAGCCUUUUUCUCUCUUCCCGAGCCUCCCGUCCCGAACCUGCAAUCCCUAGGUUCGGUCUCGCCCCAGCAACAGCAGUUCGUUCUGGAGGUUCGGGCCGCACUGGCUGAUUCCGUGGCUAGCAUGGAGGCUCGGCACCUCCGUCUGCUGGAGAAGCUCAUUCUUCUCCCAUUGGUCAAAGCCUGUCCGCCGAGCCUCUAUCCUCUCUGGCUCGGCACGCUCCUGCCACCGACCCUGAUCCACUGCGACCAAUGGCUGACCGCCACGUGGCAGCGAUUCCUGCAAGAAGGCGUGUGUGGGGGAGGAGGGGGAGGGGAAGCGGCAGGGGGGAAAGCACCUACUACUACUGCUGUUGCUGGUGGAGUGAGUGGGGGUUGGGAGAGUGAGAAGGAGAGGAGAGGAGGAUUAAAAGAUGAAUUGUUUAACGAAAAGAUUCUAAGGGACCUCACACGAGAGACCUGCGGCCUACUGGCUCUCUUCCCUGUAUUGCCUCAGUCGUCCUCGUUACAAGCUAGCUCCAUUCAAGCCACGGCUUCGGCGCUCAUGGCCGGAGUCACUGGUGGUGGUGGCAUUGUGGGUGGUGGUGCUGCUGCUGCUGCUGCUGCUGCUGGUGCUGGUGAUGAGAGGAUGGAUAUGCAUUCGCAAUGGCAGCAACGGACUGGCCUGACAGUGGUGCCUCUUCUUUUUCCUUCCGUAACCCUCUACCUCUCCAACCCACACAGCUUCCUGCUGCAGCACCACCCGGAGGCAGCAGCAGCGUGCAUCAGGGUGGCAAUGGCAGCCAUGGACUGGCCUGACAGCGAUGCCUCUCACAAGGCUGUGCUCUUCAACUCCGGCCUCGUGCACAUGCCGGAGCUCCUCGCCGAGCCUGCCGCCCCUGCUUCCGAGCCUCCAGCGCAGCUUCGGGAGAUGGUCGGCCGGACCAUGUUUGCAGCGGCGGUGCAGGCGCUGACGCUGGAGUCCAAUGCGGGGAUUCAGGCGCAUAUUGUGGCAUUGUUGAGGGAUAUUUACCUUCGUCUGGGUCCUAUCACCUCUGCUCCAAGAGAGGUGCUCCUUUCUCUCUCCAUUCCACCUGAGGCCCUUGCUUCAUUUGAAGCUGCCCUAAAGAGUACGGGCAGUGCCAAGGAGCAACGGGCAGCCUUCAGAACUUUGCUCACAGGCGUGGCUGGCGGUCAGCUGAAAGCUUUUUCUGCCCAGAAGAAUCCCACGACCAUCUCAAAUGUCUCAGGGAUUAUAAGAAGCACAUCAAAUCCCACGUCCUCAUCUAUCGAUCAAUCUGCACCCGACGCAGCGACGGUAACGGAUCAGCAUCCAGACGGAGAAUCCGGGCAGCCGAAUCCAGAUGACACGUGGCAGAAGCUUAUUCGCCAGCUGGAGGACUGUUUCGCGGAUGAGAAAGCCCCCCGGAUCGUCCCUCUGCGGCCGCACUUCACGGCUGCUGCUUACCGGGGUGACCCCUUCCUCUCCCUCCCUGCCGCCGUCCUCCCAGCCUUCGCCAAGAAGUUGUGCGUGCCUUUCCCCGUUUCCCCAACGUCUAUCUCGCACCAAUCCUCCUCCCUCCUCCCCACGUUCCCAUUCCCUUUUGUUCUCCCUCAGGUAGCUGCUGCCUGGGCAUCCAUCGACUCUGCGUGGGCAGCUAGAGAUGACAAGGGUUGCGAGGAGGGCUUGAAGUCGGAAGGAACAGGAGGAGCAGGAGGAAUGGGAGGAACGGGAGGCAAGGAACAAGCGGAAAGAGUAGGGACGAAGGAGGAUGGUGGGGUAGCUCGAGAUGAAAAAGGUGGAGAGGAGAGCAUGAAGACGAAAGGAACAGGACGAACGGGAGGAACGGGAGGGAAGGAUGAAGCAGAGAGAGCAGGGACGGAGGAGCAUGAGGGUGGGGAACGGCGUGUGUCGAUGGUGAUCAUUCCCUGUGGGAGCGCGGAGAAGGAUGGCAGCAGCGGUGGUAGUGGCAGCAGAGAGAGCGAGCAGAGGAAGACGAGCAGGGAUAAGAGACAGGUGGUUGCUGGUGCAGAUGCCGGAUCACUUGUCAUCUCUAAGCUGCUGCACAAGCAUCAUCCCCAUAUGCGUCUCUUCUCGCUUCUCCCAGCAUCCCUCUCGCUCCCUCACAACAUCGCACCACCACCAACACAACGAUUAGAAUCAACAGCCCCAGGAGAACAGGCAGCAAACGAAGCUUCAGCAAGGGAAGUUUCAGCAAGAGAAGCUUCAGCGCCAGCACCAAAUGCCACUAGCACGGCACUUUGUCAGCUGGCGGUGAACAGCACGGCGAGCUGGCUGGCGGGGUGUGAUGUGAGGGGGCCUGCAGUGGUGGCGGUGGUGGAUGCAUCGUGGAGCGAUGGGCGGAGAGGGGAGAUGGAGGAGGAGGGGGUCACGGCAUGGGACGUGUACAGGUCUCACUCCCUUGGUCCCCUUCCUCCCUCCCCUCCCCCCCAGGCGCCUGCUCUCUCGCCACCCCAGGGGCAUGAACCAGCUCAGUCUAGGAGCGCCUCUCCUCGCCUCCCUGCCUCUCUCCAGAUCAUCUCAGUCUGUUCAUCCCACCCUCUCCUCUCCACCCCUCUCCACCCCUCUCCACCCCUCUCCACCUCUCCCCACUCCAGGCGUCUGCUCGCCCGUCAUCCCAGGGGCAUGUAUCAGCUCAGCCUAGAAGCGCCUCUCCUCGCCUCCUUACCGCUCUCCUUCUCCUCCACCGCCCUAUGGCGCGGCAAGCACCCCAAGCCCAUGCUGCUCGAGCUCUGUACAAUGCAACGCGCCAUUGACCCCUCGCCCGUGUGCAUGUGUGCGGGCAUGGACGUGGGCACGAGUAAGAAGAAAGAGGGCCAGCAGCAGGAGCAGGAGCAGGAGGGGCAGGAGAAGCAGCCGGGGCAGGAGGGGCAGCAUGGGCGGUGCUGCCAGCACAAGUCAUUGCAGCUAGUAGCUGGAGACCCUGUGUUUGAAUUCCUAUCCCCUUCAGAGGCGAGAGAGGAGAAGGAAAGGGAGGAGGAGAAGAGGGAGGAGGAGAAGAGGGAGGAGGAGGAGAAGAGGGAGGAGGAGGAGGAGGAGGAGGAGGAGGAGGAGGAGGAGGAGGAGGAGGAGGAGGAGGAGGAGGAGGAGGAGGAGGAGGGAGAUGGUACAAUGGCAAGAAAGCGGUUGAAGGAGGUCGAUCGUUCUUCACCAACUGGAGCAACCAUCAGUGCAGCGACAACGCUAGGCAGCACGGAUGCAGCGGCAACACUCGGUUCUUCCCCAGGGCCCCCGUCCUCUUCCCCCACACCUGCUGCCCUUGGUUGUCUCGUGUCAAUAGCCUACGAAGCUUUUCUGCAGAAGACCGACCUUCAGUGUGUUGAGCUGCAACAGGAUGGCGGAAAAUCGCCCCGGGAUCGGGAUUAUUCGAAGGAGGUCUGUUUGGAGAGCAAGGAGUGCUUCGAGUUUGAGUUCGGGCGCGGCUGUGUGGGCGAGCAGAUUGAGACUGUGAUUGGCCGCUUGCUGCCAGGUCAGACUGCUGACGUCAGCAUUCCAGUCCCAUCCCCCUCCUCCUUUCCUCUCUUUUCCCUCAUGCACUCACCCCCCACCCCGCUCUUCCCAAUCUCAGGCCCCUCCAACCUCCACUGGCGAGUCACCCUGCUCGCAGGCAGCAGCGGAGGAGGAAGAUCGCAUCGAUGCAGCCAUUUUCUCCCCAUCCCUCUUUCCCCUCAAGAAACCCACCUCCCGACCCUCUCGUCUCUUUCAGGUCCCUCAAACCUCCACUGGCGAGUCACCCUGCUCGCAGUGACAGCAGCGGAGGAGGAAGAUCGCAUCGAUGCAGCCAUUUUCUCCCCAUCCCUCUCUUUCCCCUCAAGCAACCCACCUCCCGACCCUCUCGUCUCUUUCAGGUCCCUCAAACCUCCACUGGCGAGUCACCCUGCUCGCAGUGACAGCAGCGGAGGAGGAGGAUCGCAUCGAUGCUGCCAUCUUCUCGCCCUCCCUCUCCAAGCAGCGCCUUGCCUUCGCCGCUGCACUCAUCUCAAAGCAUUCGCCGGCUUUCCUCGUGAGUCUGGAUAUUCCUAUUUCCUCGUGCGUGUCGACUCGAAAACUUUCACCUGCUGCACUCUCAUCAUGCAUUUCCCCUUCCAGUUGGACGUUGGGUGUGGGUCCGCCUCUCUCUUUGACUACCUGCUGUCUGAUUCAGCCGCAGCGAGCAAGGACGGUGGCAAGGGAAGAAGCACAACUGGCUGUGACAACGGUAGCGGGAGCAACGCUGGGCCGUUCUGUUUACCGGCGAGCAUGGUGGGGUUUGACAUGAGCCAGAAGGAGCUUGAGCGAGCUGGUCGGAGCCUAACUCGCACCAUCACUAACCUGCAAGCAGCCACACAGCCACCACCAGAAUCAGCGUCUGCUGGAGCUCAGUUUCAGCCUGCACCAGAAACGACCUGUAGCACUGCUGAAGCUCAGUUGCAACCUGCACUAGGAACGACCUGCGCUGCUGCAGCACGAGCAGCUUCAGCACGGUUGGCGCUCUAUGCCGGUUCCCUUGCUGACGUGGACGACCGCAUGAAGGGUGCUGACGUGGCGACUUGUUUAGAGGUGGUGGAGCAUUUAGAUGAGGAGCCGCUAGCUGCCUUUGGAGCCGUGGUGCUGGGAGCACUCAGACCACGCCAAGAGCCACCACUGAAGCAGCCACAAGAAGCAGCAGCACAGGCAGGCGGGAAGAAGAGGAGGAAAAAGAAGAAGGGACAGCAGGCAGGCCAGCAGGCGGGUCAGACAGUCCAGCAGGCUCAGGAGCAGCAACAGGAGUUGAGAAAUUCCGAUCACCGAUCCGAGUGGACGAGGAAGGAGUUUGAAUCCUGGGCCAACGCCCUGGCCCAGGAGUAUGGUUACCAUGUUACAUUCGGUGGAGUCGGUGUGCUGCCAGAAGCGGAGCACUUGGGAUUUGCCACGCAAACAGCUGUUUUUGAAAGAGUUGGAUGUGAGAUGAAGGAUUUGGGGUUGGAGGUGGUGAAGAAGAUGGAAAUUGAUUCUACAAAGGUGAUAGAGGAUUCCGAGGGUGAAAAGAAGCCUUAUGAGUUGGUCUGGGAUCAUCAGGUAGUCUGUGUACGGAGCAACAAAACAGGAAUGGUCCAUCUUUCAUGA